AUGUAGCUGACGAAAUGGCCGCUGCAUUUAGAAAAUUCAAUUAGUUUUGAGUGUUUUUACUUGAAUAUUUAUAUAUAUGGACACGCAUUUUGAUUUGGAAAAAUGCAUUUGUAUCCAGUCUACAUUUAUGUUUUAAUCAUUACGAAAUCCAUAUACGUCCUUGGUGCUGAUAGGCGUGAGGAAAUCACAGUGGGUGCCAUUUUCUUUGAAGAUGAAAAAGAUAUAGAACUUAGUUUCGAUGAGGCUAUCCGUGAGAUUAAUAAUCUUAAGUUUUUUGAAUUACGUUUCGUCAGCAAUAAACGUUUUUUGCCCACCUAUGAUAGUUUUUUGCUACAGCAAAUUGCUUGUGAACUAAUUUCCAAUGGCGUUGCUGCUAUUUUCGGACCAAGUUCAAAGGCAGCUAGUGAUAUUGUAGCGCAAAUAGCAAACACCACCGGCAUUCCACAUAUAGAAUAUGAUUUUAAGUUGGAGGCUGUACGUCAGGAGCAUUUAAAUCAUCAGAUGUCGGUGAAUGUGGCACCCACGUUGUCUGUAUUAUCUCGUGCCUAUUUUGAAAUUAUCAAAACAAAUUAUGAAUGGCGCACCUUUACGCUCAUUUAUGAAACACCCGAGGGCCUGGCUCGCUUUCAAGAUCUAAUAAAUAUAUAUGCCCUAAAUAGUGACUAUGUUAAGCUGCGAAAUUUGGCUGAUUAUGCAGAAGAUUUUCGUGUUUUAUGGAAAGAAGCCGAUGAAACAUAUCACGAGCAUCACAUCAUUUUAGAUUGUGAGCCUCAAACAUUAAAGGAAUUACUUCAGAUAUCUGUUAAAUUUAAUCUACAAGGUCCCUUUCGAAAUUGGUUUCUCACACACCUGGAUACACAUAGUUCGGGCUUGAAGGAUAUAUAUAAUGAGGACUUUAAGGCAAAUAUAACAUCAGUUCGCUUGAAACUUACGGAUCCCAAUCCUUUUGAGAGAAAGAAGACACGUUUCAGAGAAGUAGAUCGAAUACUUGGCAAUCAGACUAUGCUGCCCAUACUUAUCUAUGAUGCAGUAAUUCUUUUUGCGAAUUCUGCUAAGAAUGUUAUAUCAGCAAUGCAACCAUAUCAUCCACCUGAUAGACAUUGUGGUAGUCUAUCCCCAUGGGUAUAUGGUCCAUUUAUAGUACACGAAAUGAGAACCAUAUCGGAAGAUGAUGUCGAACCUCAUUUUAAGACGGAAAACAUGAAAUUCGAUGAGAAUGGACGACGUACACAUUUCAAUUUGGAAAUCUAUAAGCCAACGGUGAAUGAACCAUUGAUGGUCUGGACUCCAGAGAAUGGCAUAAAGACGCGUAAGAUAACUUUGGAAACGGAAAGUUCCAAUACCGCACCAGAUUUCUCUAUACAGCGUAAAGUCUAUACAGUCGUGACCCACUAUGAGGAGCCCUAUUUCAUGAUGAAGGCUGAUCAUGAAAAUUUCCGAGGACGAGACAAAUAUGAAGGCUAUGCCGUGGAUUUAAUUAGUAAACUUUCCGAGCUCUUGGAAUUCGAUUACGAAUUCAUGAUCGUCAAUGGUAAUGGUAAAUAUAAUCCAGAAACCAAACAAUGGGACGGCAUCAUAAGAAAACUUAUCGAUCAUCAUGCUCAAAUUGGAAUUUGUGAUUUAACCAUUACCCAACUUCGACGUUCUGUUGUGGAUUUUACUGUGCCCUUUAUGCAAUUGGGUAUUAGUAUUUUACAUUAUAAAAAGGCACCGGAACCGAAGAAUCCUUUCGCUUUUCUUGACCCAUUUGCCAUGGAAGUAUGGGUCUACAUGGGUUUUGCUCAGUUAAUUAUGACAUUGGCUUUGGUUUUCAUAGCCAGGCUAUCCUAUCGUGAGUGGAUGCCACCGAAUCCGGCUAUUGUAGAUCCAGAUGAGCUAGAAAAUAUAUGGAAUGUGAAUAAUUGUACAUGGCUAAUGGUUGGCUCUAUUAUGCAACAGGGUUGUGAUAUACUUCCUAGAGGUCCUCCAAUGCGCAUUUUGACCGGCAUGUGGUGGUUCUUUGCAUUAAUGAUGCUAAGUACCUAUACAGCCAAUUUGGCUGCCUUUUUGACAAGCAACAAAUGGCAGAACACGAUAACUAGUCUGGGAGAUCUGAUCGAACAGGAUGAGGUCCAUUUCGGUAGCAUGCGUGGCGGAAGUACUUCAUUGUUUUUCUCAGAAUCCAAUGAUACCGACUAUCAGCGUGCCUGGAAUAAAAUGAAGGAUUUCAAACCCAACGCAUUUACCAGUACCAAUAAAGAAGGUGUGGCCCGUGUCAAAAAGGAGAAGGGUGGCUAUGCUUUUCUCAUGGAGACAACUAGUCUUCAAUUUAAUAUUGAACGUGAUUGCAAUUUAAUGCAAAUUGGUGAACAGAUCGGUGAAAAGCACUAUGGCCUAGCAGUGCCCUUGGGUGCUGAUUAUCGGACAAAUCUAAGUGUUUCUAUACUUCAGCUUAGCGAGAAGGGUGAUCUGUAUAAAAUGAAAAACAAAUGGUGGAAAAAUGAGACUAAUACCUGCGAUUCCUUCCAUGAGGUGGACGGCGAUGAAUUGUCCAUCAUUGAGUUGGGUGGUGUGUUUUUGGUACUUGCUGGUGGUGUCCUGACUGCUGUUGUUGUGGGCAUCUUUGAGUUCUUGUUCAAUGUCCAGCAUGUGGCCGUUGAGGAACACGUGACGCCCUGGCAAGCUCUAAAGGCUGAGCUCAUAUUCGCUCUUAAGUUCUGGGUGGGCAAGAAACCCAUGAGAAUAUCCAAUAGCAGCAGCAGUGGAGGCGACAAGUCAUCAAGAAGAUCUUCUACAUCACGACGCAGUUCAAAGGAAAAAACUCGCAGUAAAACGGCAUCUUAGAAGACAUCCAAAUAAUUUGGUUUUCAUGGUUGAAUAAAUUUGUAAAAAUUA